CCUAAUAUAUAACGAACUUCAACCCGUCAUUGAGUCUUUUCGCUUUGUUGAGUCUCGCCUAGGGUUUCUGCUGCUAUCUCUCACCGCCGUCCGCCAUGGCCAAGAGAACCAAGAAGGUUGGGAUUGUCGGCAAAUAUGGAACCCGUUAUGGUGCCAGUCUGAGGAAACAAAUCAAGAAGAUGGAAGUUAGCCAGCACAGAAAGUACUUCUGUGAGUUCUGUGGCAAGGAUGCUGUGAAGAGAAAGGCUGUGGGAAUCUGGGGGUGCAAGGACUGUGGCAAGGUUAAAGCAGGAGGUGCCUACACCAUGAAUACCGCAAGUGCUGUGACUGUGAGGAGUACCAUCCGCAGAUUGAGGGAGCAGACCGAGAGCUAGAUGUGUUGGAAGCUAGUAGUCUUUUCCAGAUUUUCAAGUUUUGUUACUUGUCAACAAUGUAUCUUCCAUUUCCGGUUGAUUUACUUUGGAACCUUGUAGGACCUAAUGUAGCAGAGGUUAUGUUAUUUGAUUAAAGAUUUUGUCCUUGUAUCUCAUGUGAUACCUUUCUGCAUUUAGAAGCUAGCUUUCAGCAGAGUUUCUAUGCUAGACUCUUCCUGCUACUAGUAUUAGCCUAGGUAAACGUUCAAUGUACAAUGGUUGCAAUGUCUGUCUGAUUGUAAUCUGUUAAGAGUUUGACAACUCUGCCGGCAACUUUUUACGGCUUAGAUUCGUCACUCGUUCUCAUAUGUUUACUGCUCUUCGAUUUUCUAAAAAACAUAUGGCAUCAAAGAAAUAUGGCACACUAAAGUCGUUUUAGC